CUUAUAUCUUACAGUUUGAAAAUACCAACAUACUAAACAGACUCUUGGUAGCUGUUUGGAUUAGUUUUAGUUUGUGAGUUAAUGUGUGAUUUUGCAGCAUGGAUUAGUAUGUGGAGCUGUACAUUUUCACAUAUCAUGCUAAGAGCAGUAGUAUAUGGGCAGUUGUUUGUGUUCAGGUGUACACAUGCAUACACUGAUUGUUUUCAGCUAAAUUUACUCCAGUGUUACAUUGGCCUUCCAGUUCCAUUUUAAAAGGAUAUGUCGUUAUGUUGGUAACUAGAUGUAGACAACAUGCACUUAGUCUUGUCAUUGCUGCUCCUCCCAUUUGCAAUCACAGUUAUGCAAGGGAUAAAGUGUCAGCUAAGGUGGAUAUAAUGGCAAACAAGCAUUACAUUUGCCAUGUUAUAAGUUAUUAAUAAUGAUUAUUUACACUGUUCUGAGAGGAUCUCCCUGUGUCUCGUUCUUUUCAGGUCAUGUAGUUUGUUCCAGGGAAAGUCAAAAAAAGGCUUGUUGAUGGAAAUGUGCAUUGUUGGAAGGAUGUCACAUAUUUCAAAGUCUGCAUGAAGGACUGCGGGAGUAAAUCUGAAAACAAGUCUUCUGUUUAAGUAAACAGAAAGAUAAAUGACAAUUAAAAUAGCCAGUUGUAAUGAAAGUUGUAAUCUGUAAUUUGUCCUUUGUAAACAAACCAAUAUCAAGUAUGAAGGAUUUUUUUUUUCCAGUUCAGCUUCAUGUUAGUAUGUUUACAACAAAGUUACAUCUCUGACUCUGAAUUAGUGUCCACUAGUCUUCAGUGUUAAAAUUUCAAGAAAAAAAAAACAAACAAACAAACAAACAAAAACUUAAUUUAUUGUUUAUUUGUUUUACGUAUUUUAGCAAAUAAUUUAAACGGCCUUCUGGGUAAGCUUACAAUUGAAUUCAGUGUGUGGCAAAUGGGACACAAUUUCAUUUGUAAAACGAUACCAUUGGGGGAAAAAAGCUCUAACAGUUUGUCCCACUGUUUUAAUAGUAACCUAUUCAAAGAAAAUAAUGAAUUUUAUACGUAUGGUUACUGCAUUUUGAACGCGCGCGCGCUUGAAGUUGUGCUGUGUUUUGGUGUAGCCUAAUUUAUAUAGACUUUUUAUAGACUAACAAAGCUUUUCCUGUGUCAACUUAAUUUACACUAGGUGAUAUUUUAUCUUUUGUGGUGCUGAAUGUAUUAUAGUUGUGUGGUUUCGUCACACAGAACCGCCCGUAAUCCGCGUGGUGUCACUGCAGACCGCGAAACUUUAAUCAUUUCCAUAUACCCUCUGAACUCCGCCUACUUUUUCGCUGAGUGACGUGCUGUAACCGAGCGUCACAAUCUAGAUGCGUUUCGCAGGCAUGUUUCUUUAAGUGUUAUUCUUUAUUCAGGGUGUUCAGAGUUUUGACGUUCCUCUGAUCCCCGGUCCGGUGUAGUUUUUUUUUUCAUCACGUUGUCGUCUCACGCGGAAGGAUGGCAGACAGGAAGGACUUUACGUUCCCGCAUAUUAUUUUCCUCUGGCUCGUGAUGUGUGUUUCAGUGCCUGUGUAUGGUCAGAUUGUCUACUCCGUGUCCGAGGAAGUAAAUAUCGGAACUGUCGUCGGGAAUCUGGUGAAGGACAUGAAUUUAAACGUCCAAGAUUUGGAAUCACGGGCGUUUCAGCUUGUUUUCGGUACGAAGACGAGGUAUUUCCAUGUGAAUCUAAAAUCUGGCGUCUUGUAUGUUGCUGAAAGAAUUGACCGCGAGCAGCUAUGUCCAAAUACUCCAUCCUGCUCCUUGAAUUUUGAGGCGAUAGUUAACCACCCUCUUAGUCUGAGCCGAGUGAUAGUUAAUGUUAAUGAUGUGAAUGACAAUUCUCCUACAUUUCCUGUUGAAACUCAAGUUUUGAAUAUUUCUGAAUCAGUGCAGCCAGGAGCUACAUUUUCCUUGAUCAGUGCGUUGGAUGAAGAUGUCGGACCUUUCUCUGUUAAAAGCUAUAAACUGAGUCCUAAUGAACAUUUCUCAUUAGAAGUUCACCCUGGUGGUGAACAUGGCAUGUCUGCAGAGCUCAUCCUUCGAAAAGCUUUAGACAGAGAGAGAGAACCUGUAAUUCGACUAGUCUUGACCGCUUCUGAUGGAGGGAAACCGCCAAGAUCUGGAACAUUACAAAUUAUAGUUAAUAUUUUAGAUACAAAUGAUAAUGCUCCAGUGUUUAGCAAUCCUCUUUAUAAAGUUCGUGUGACAGAGAACACACCUCGAGGAACUAAGAUAAUCAAACUCAAUGCUACUGACAUGGAUGAGGGUCCAAAUGGGGAGGUAACAUAUUUGUUUAGCAGUCAUGGUCAGGAAAAAAAUCUUGAUGUAUUUGCAAUCAGUCCUGAUUCUGGGGUGAUUGAAGUAAAAGGAAAUAUUGAUUUUGAGGACAAAGCUUUUUAUGAACUCAGAGUAGAGGCCCAUGAUAAGGGUCUUUCCCCAAUGACAGUAAAUUGUAAAGUAUUAAUCGAAGUCAUAGAUGUAAAUGAUAAUGCACCAGAAAUAGUAGUAACAUCCCUGCUGUCUUCUUUAAGGGAAGAUGCGAAAACUGGCACUGCUGUGGCUCUGGUCACAGUUUCAGACAAGGAUGGUGGAAUGAAUGGGAAAGUGAGUUGUAAGCUGCUAGGAAAUUUACCUUUCAAACUUGAGUCUUCCUACAAAAAUUAUUACUCUGUUGUUUUAGAAGGCCAGCUUGACAGAGAAAAGAUCUCCAAGUACAAUGUUACCCUCAUAGCAGUAGAUGAGGGCACCCCACCUCUCUCCAGCACUAGUGUGAUUUAUGUUGAAGUUUCAGAUGUGAAUGACAAUCCUCCACAAUUUAACAGAAAAAGCAUUAAUGUCUACAUAAAAGAAAACACGCCACCGGGAACCCUCAUUCACACAGUGUCAGCAGUUGACAGAGAUUCAAAUGAAAAUGCUGAAAUUUCUUACUCUAUUGUGGAUAACAAAGCAACAAGCAUAAAUGCUGUUAGUGUUAACUCAUUAACAGGCCAGUUGUAUAACCUACAGUCUUUCAAUUUUGAAGAACAGAAAACCUUUAGUUUCCAUGUUCAGGCCAUAGAUGCUGGUGUUCCUCCUCUGAGCAGUAAUGUGACUGUAAAUGUGUUUAUUCUGGAUGAGAAUGACAACAGUCCAGUUAUUUUACCUCCUUAUUCUGACCCUGGAUCAGUUAAUACUGAGAACAUUCCCUACUCUGCUGAAGCGGGAUACUUUGUAGCCAAGAUCAGAGCUGUUGAUGCUGACUCUGGAUAUAACGCUCUUCUGUCUUAUCAUAUGAGUGAACCCAAAGGAACUAAUCUCUUCCGCAUUGGAAGCAGCACUGGAGAAAUAAGGACUAAGAGACGAAUGAGUGACAAUGACUUAAAAACUCACCCACUUCUUAUUACAGUGUGUGAUAAUGGAGAGCCAUCACUCUCAGCCACUAUGUCCAUGGAUGUUGUGGUUGUCGAGAGUCUGGAUGACAUAAAGACAUCAUUCAGAGAAGUUCCUGUGAAAGAGGAGAGUUUUUCAGAUCUGAAUGUGUAUCUGCUCAUCGCUAUUGUCUCAGUAUCAGUCAUCUUUUUACUGAGUCUCGUGGGUUUGAUAGCAGCUAAAUGCUACAGGACAGACGGCAGUUUCAGCAGGUACAGCGCUCCAGUGAUCAGCACCCAUCCAGACGGAAGCUGGUCCUACUCCAAAUCAACGCAACAGUAUGACAUAUGUUUUAGCUCAGACACAAUGAAGAGCGACAUGGUGGUUUUUCCUUCGCCAUUUCCGCCUGCAGAGGCCGAACUGGUCAGCAUUCAUGGAGAAGAUACUUUUACACAAACCCAAACUCUUCCUACCACUGGGAAGCCCAAAGGGCCAAAUGCUGACUGGCGUUACUCUGCGUCACUGAGGGCAGGAGUGCAGAGCUCUGUUCAUAUGGAGGAGGCUUCAGCUGUGAUGCAGGGAGCACAAGGCAUGCUGGUCCAGAACUGGCCCACGGUCUCCAGUGCAGCAGAUGGGGAGGGAGAGGGACAGCUGUCCCCUCCUGUUGGAGCUGGAAUCAACAGUAACAGCUGGAGCUUCCGCUACGGUGCAGGCCCCGGUUAUGGUCCUCCACAAGCCCUGAAGCCGGGAGAGAUUCCUCCUGAAGCCUUCAUCAUUCCCGGCUCCCCUGCCAUCAUCUCCAUCCGGCAGGACCCAGGUGCUGUUGAUGAUAAGGGCGAGUUCAUCACCUUUGGAAAGAAAGAGGAGUCCAAGAAGAAGAAAAAGAAGAAGAAGGAAAAGAAGGACAAGAAGGAUAAAGGGAAAGAUGAUGGCGAGGAGUAAUGAAGAAAGUCUCACUACAAUAUUACAGCGAUCAACUUAUGUUUGUAGCAAACGCUGACAGAAAGAGAAAACCAAAAAUACUGAAAAUGUAAAGAGAGAAAGAUCCUUCUAUAUACCGUAUCUACCAAUUCAAGUCCCAGACAGAACAGAGUUUGUGCUCUACGCAUGAACAUAAACAAAUUAACCCUGUAAACAUGUUUCCAUGACUCUGAUUGGCUAUUUUUCUAGUUCUGCUCUAUUGUGAAGAAAUUAAUCAGCGAUGUUCAAUAAAGCAAUCCAAGCAAACCAAGCCCACUUGCACCUUGUGAGUGACAUUUUCAACUACAUCAAGGGAAGUUCCUCUCCUCUUUUAAAGGAUCAAACAAAUUUCCAGUUAAACUGGAUUUGAACUCAUGUCAUACCAAGAGUUUUCUCUGACUCCAUCCCUGCCUUCCUCCCUCAACUUCAAACGGGAAAGAAACAUCCUCCCCUGGCCCCGUCUCAUGCCUUGAUCUGCUGGAAACAAAACUUUGUAAAAGAAAAAAAGAGACACAAAUCUAACUGUAAUUAUCAGAAGGACCAGUGUCUGAUUUUUAGAGCAGAUCUAAAGUAAACGCCUACAGAGCUGGGAAUGUAGCAGCGAAAUCCAAGACACUUGCUUCACACUCACAAAAAAAGCAUUAGAGAUCGCUAACGCUUCUGUCCUGCUCCCAAACUAAUGCAGAAAUCUCAGUAUAUUUUAUAAGAGCAAAUGAAUCUCAUCUUAUAUAGUCCAAAAUCAUGCACAGCCAAAUGAUGUGCGUACAGCUAAAGAGAUUCUUGCUCUUUAAUACACAACACACUCUAAACAGGCUCACCACACGCUGUACAGCUAAAGCCACAACAGGACUGAAGCACAACAGCCUCUCAAAAGUCUGUAAAAUAGUAGAACGGAUGCGUGUUGCUUCUUUUCAAAACACACCUACUUCCUUUGCUGCUGUUUUGAAUGUUUGAUAGACGUCAUCCCACUUCCUGCCAGCUUAAUGUCUUAGUCCAGCUUUUUGCCCUUACCUACUGCUUGUAACUUUUGCAUAUCUCAUGUUGCCAACCUCCCUUUAUCUGGUGUGCUGUGCUGGCCCCAUGUCAGUACUGCCCCCUGGUGGCUCGUAUUGUACAAUGUGACAAGAAAGAGCAGAAAAAUCAAGCCUGUGUAAAAAGCCAAUAUUAUUGUCACUCCUUCUGCUGGAAACAUAAGCACAUGUAUUGGCCCCUACAUGCACACACAAACUCAAGACACACCAGUGUUUAUGCUCUCACAGCAGUGGAACCACCAUGGACUGUGCAGUCAUGCUUAUUGUGGACAUGUUUAGCUAUGGUGUAUAGUGCUUUAUAGGGCAAGGAUAGAGGGUGAGUGGAGAUUAGACUGAGAAGACUGAGAAGUGGUGGACAUUACAGAGUUUUUCUACUGUAUAUAAUCAAUGGUGAGACAUAGCUUCAUGACAGUACCAUAGUUGUUGAUUCGAAUUUUGUAAAUAAUAGGAAUGUUUUCUUAACAUUCAGACAUCAUGCUUAAAUUUUCUGUUUUUUUUUUUUUUUUUUUUUUUUUUGAGGGAGCACAUCUCUCCUUUCUUUCCCUUCUAAGUCUGCAGAGAUACCGUUCAGUAAAGGAGAGAUGUUUGUGCUGCUAUGAGACCAUAUCAUCACACACACACACACACACACACACACACACACACACACACACACACACACACACGUCUCUUUCAGGUGUGGUUCAGUGCUGUCAGAUCACCAAGUGACUGUUUUGCAUGUUAAACGCAAUUAAAACAGAAAUUAUAUAUAGAUAUAAAUGAACAGAUAUGUUUUUCAUAAUUAUUUUUUUCUCAUUUAUGAUGGAACUGGAGAUGUGUAUCGUCUCUGCUGAAGUAUGUAGACAUAAAUCAAAUUAUUCACUCAAACAUACACAAACAUACACUGAUUACAUACAUGGAUAGAGUGUACAAAGAAGACACAGAAACGACGUCGGCUCUGUGGCGAUCAACGUUAACAUUAACAUUCUAGAUAUAUGUAAUGCUGUAGUGUUAUGGUCUAAAUCGCUUUUCUUUACAACCUUAUGAUUUUUGCAACUUGAAAGGAUCAAUCCUUCGUUUUGUGCUAGGCUUUGAAAUCAAUAACACUGUAAUGUGAACCAGUUCAUACAUCCCUAUGAUAUAAGCCUCUUCCUUCAGAAAAAGAAAAGAAAAAAAAAAAGAUACAAAAAUGUCAAAAAAAUGAUAAAAGAGAAAAUAAAAAGGGUCUAUGUAUUCUGCUUGUGUGUAGUAAUUAUAUAUAAACUCAUCCAGUGCCUAGGUGGCACUAUGCUUUUGACUUUGACGGUGCAAAUCUGUUGGACAAAAUUUUUGUACACCUGCUCAUCAGUGUAAUGGUGUUUAUUAUUUUAUAUUACUUUAUGAAAUCUGGUAAUGUGUUUUGUUUAUAAAUCACAAAUAAAGUUUUCUUUCAUAAGUA